AUGGGAAGCUGUUCAAACCAUGACCUUAAGGAUAGCAAGGAAAGGGGCAAUGAAAUGGAAAGAUAUGCCCAUGAACAUGCAGGAGUACCUCACCCCUUUCAGCAGUUACCACAGAGGAAGCCCCACAGCACUGGCAGCUCUGAACGGAUUCAGCUCUCAGGAAUGUACAAUGUUCGAAAAGGGAAAAUACAUUUGCCAGUCAACAGAUGGACGAGACGCCAAGCCAUCCUUUGUGGAACAUGUCUGAUCGUCUCCUCAGUGAAAGAAAGCCAGACUGGAAAGAUGCAUGUCCUCCCUUUAAUUGGUGGAAAAGUGGAAGAAGUGAAAAAGCACCAGCACUGUUUAGCUUUUAGCUCCUCUGGACCUCAAAGCCAGACCUAUUACAUUUGUUUUGAUAACUUCACCGAAUACUUACGAUGGCUUCGACAAGCAUCAAAGGUUGCAUCACAGCGCAUAAGCUCAGUGGAUCUUUCAUGCUGCAGCCUGGAGCACCUGCCUGCCAACCUGUUUUAUAGCCAAGACCUCACUCAUCUCAACUUAAAGCAGAACUUUCUGAGGCUGAACCCUAGUCCAUCCACGAAUAGAGCCCUUAGCGAUUUGCAAAGAUUCACCAAACUGAAGAGCCUUAACCUUUCCAACAACAAUUUAGGAGAGUUCCCACUGGCAGUCUGCAGCAUCCCAACCCUGACUGAACUUAACGUGUCCUGCAAUGCCCUGCGAAGCGUUCCGGCAGUUGUAGGCGACAUGCACAACUUGCAGACCUUUCUGCUGGAUGGCAACUUUCUGCAGUCCCUUCCUGACGAAUUGGAGCAUAUGCAUCAGCUCAGCUACGCCAGUCUGUCCUUCAAUGAGUUCACUGACAUUCCAGGAGUGUUAGAGAAACUGACUGCUAUGGACAAGCUCUGCAUGUCAGGGAACUGCUUGGAUACCCUCAACCUGCAGGGGUUAAAACGGAUGCCUCAUAUUAAACAUGUCGAUCUAAGGUUGAAUUCAAUCCGGAGGCUGGUGGCAGACGACACAGACUUUCUGCACCACGUGACCCAGCUGGACCUCCGAGACAACAAACUUGGCGAGCUGGAUGCAACAGUCUUCAGCAACGUGGAAGUGUUGCACUGUGAAAGAAAUCAGCUGGUGACCCUCAAAAUCAGUGGAUAUUUCCUCAAGGCACUUUAUGCCUCCUCAAAUGAACUUGUCCACCUUGAUGUGUAUCCAGUUCCGAAUUACCUGGCUUAUAUGGAUAUUUCUAGAAACCACCUGGAAAACUUGCCUGAGUGGGUAUGUGACAGCAGAAAACUGGAAGUGUUGGAUGUUGGCCACAAUCAGAUACGUGAGCUGCCUGCCCGGCUGUUUUACAACAGUAGCUUGCGUAAGCUACUGGCUGGACAUAACUUGUUAGGAAGGCUACCAGAUCGGCUUGAACGAAUGCAAGUGGAAGUCCUGGAUGUUCAGCACAACCAGCUCGUUGAGCUGCCGUCUAACCUACUUCUGAAAGCAGACAGCCUGAGGUUUCUUAAUGCCUCAGCCAACAAACUGGAAAUGCUUCCUCCAGCCACUCUUUCAGAAGAAACCCAUAGCAUCUUGCAGGAGUUGUAUUUGACCAAUAACAAUCUCACAGAUAAAUGUGUACCCUUGUUAACAGGCCAUCCCCACCUAAAAAUCUUGCACAUGGCCUACAAUCGCCUACAGAGCUUCCCUGCAAGCAAAAUGGCCAAGCUGGAGGAGUUGGAGGAAAUCGAUAUUAGUGGGAACAAACUGAAAGCCAUUCCAACAACCAUUAUGAACUGCAGACGUAUGCAUACUGUGGUCGCUCACUCCAACUGCAUUGAGGUCUUCCCAGAAGUCAUGCAACUUUCUGAAAUAAAGUGUGUGGAUCUGAGCUGCAAUGAACUGAGUGAAAUCACGUUGCCUGAAAACCUGCCUCCAAAACUGCAAGAGCUGGACCUGACUGGAAAUCCCAGACUAGCCUUGGAUCACAAAAGCCUAGAGCUGCUCAACAACAUCCGCUGUUUUAAGAUCGACCAGCCCUCAGCAGGUGAUGCCUCAGGAGCUCCAGCAGUGUGGAGCCACGGUUACACGGAAGCAUCAGGAGUCAAGAACAAGCUGUGCGUGGCAGCGCUCUCGGCCAACAACUUCUGCGACAGCAGGGAAGCGCUCUACGGCGUGUUCGACGGCGACCGCAACGUGGAGGUGCCCUACCUCCUGCAGUGCACCAUGAGCGACAUCCUGGCCGAGGAGCUGCAGAAGACCAAGAACGAGGAGGAGUACAUGAGCAACACUUUCAUCGUCAUGCAGCGGAAACUUGGAACAGCCGGACAAAAACUUGGAGGCUCUGCUGUCCUUUGCCACAUAAAGCAUGAUCCCAUGGACCCUGGUGGAUGCUUCACAUUAACCUCAGCAAAUGUGGGGAAGUGCCAAACCAUUCUCUGUCGGAAUGGGAAACCUCUGCCGUUGUCCAGGUGUUACGUGAUGAGCUGUGAAGAAGAGCUGAAGAGGAUUAAGCAGCACAAGGCCAUUAUCACUGAGGAUGGCAAAGUGAACGGUGUGACGGACUCGACGAGAAUCCUGGGCUACACCUUCCUUCACCCCAGCGUUGUGCCGCGUCCUCAUGUACAGUCCAUUACCCUGACUCCACAGGAUGAGUUCUUCAUCCUGGGGAGCAAGGGGCUGUGGGAGAGCCUCUCCAUGGCCGAGGCAGUCGAGGCGGUCAGAAACGUGCCUGACGCGCUGGCGGCCGCCAAGAAGCUGUGCACGCUGGCGCAGAGCUACGGCUGCAACGAGAGCCUGAGCGCCGUGGUGGUGCAGCUCAACGUGACAGAGGAGAGCUGCUGCUGCUGCGAGCUGGCCGCGGCGCCCCCGCCCAGCCCUGGCAUCUUCCCGCCCUCCGUCAGCGUGGUCAUCAAGGACCGGCCGGCCGAGGCGCUCGCCAUGCCCUCGUCAAGCAGUGGCGCCGCUUCCGAGAUCAGCAGCGAGAUCUCCACCUCGGAGAUGAGCAGUGAGGUGGGCUCCACCGCCUCAGAUGAGCCCCCGCCGGGUGCUGUGAAUGAGGGUGGCCCGGCCUACCCUGGCGAGCAGCGCUGCUCGCUGCACCCCUCUGUGGCGCCGCACGAGAGGAGCCAUAACCUCAUCGAGGUCGCGACGGAUGCGCCGCUUCGAAAAACAGGGGGCUACUUCGCUGCUCCGGCGCAGCCAGAUCCAGAUGACCAGUUCAUCAUCCCUCCGGAGCUGGAAGAAGAGGUCAAGGAGAUAAUGAAGCAGCACCAGGAGCAGCAGCAGCAGCAGCGGCAGUACCAGGUGGAGCACCUGGCAGACUAUUACGAUACUCCACUAUGACCCUCUCUACUCUCUGCUCGGAAGCAAACGCCCGAACCAGGAGGCUUGGGAGCGGGCCCCAGCGGGGCCACACACAGCAGGGUUCUCCUCUUCCUCGAGACACUUCCCUUCCCCUGUCCCGCCACUACAGAUGACUGCAGCUUCUCAGUUUGUUAGGUUUAAUAUUCACUGACUUUCUUCUAGAGAUGCUUUACCAGUAAGGUUUAAAAUAGUUAACUUUCCCUUAACAUAUCGAGUGUUUAAAAAAAGAAAAUAAUGAAAAGGUUUAAUAUAUUGCUGAGAAACAGAUGAUGAUGUAAUAUUUUUUAAAAUGGCUCGUUUGUUUUGUUUGUUUGAAAAGCAGGGCAGUAGCCAGUGCUAAAUGAUUUAAGUAAUAUUGUAAUACUGUAUUUCUUUGAGAGAAAAGGCUUUUUUGGUCUUGAAAAUGAUAGACGUUUGUAGAAUAUGGAGACUAACUCCUAGGAGUUGCUUUACUCUUUCAGGUGACUUAAGUCACUGAGAUUCACUAAUUUUCUCUGAGAGAACAUUUGAUUGGGAAAUUAUUGUAAAUAGCUCAGUGUUGUAUAGUGAUGCUUACUUGUUUUGUAGCCUUGGCAUUAAGGACACAACCUGAACAACUUUUUUCUUAAGCGACUGUUUGGGCCAUGGUCAUCGGACAUAACGGACUGAGCGACUGUACAAGGUAGCUAGAAAUUAGAUGAAAUAGACCAUUUAAAAAAAAAAAAAAAAACUCUGGUCUCUUUCUUUUCCUUACUUUUACAGACACGUUUUGUGUUCCUUAUUGCUGCCACAACCAGCAUGAUUGUAUAGAGCUCAUUU